AUGGUUGCAGUAAUUGUUGUAUUUUCAAUCGCAUACAAUUUCGUUCGUUUUUGGGAAUUUCGAAUUGAUGAAAGUGACAGCAUUCGCUCAUUCGAGGACUCGAUAGUGCCGCAGCUUCGAGCCAAUCCCUUGUUCAUGUUGCUUUACCAAAAUAUUGCUACGCUGGUGACGCAGUUUUUUAUACCGCUUAUUGUGCUCUGUUACCUCAAUCUUCAGGUAGCGCAAACAAUUCUGGAAGCAACAGAGCAAAGGAAACAACUGGUGGCAUCCGAGAAACGUGAAUACAGUAUUGCUAAAAUGAUGAUUUUUGUCGUUAUUGGUAAGUCAAGUUCGCUGAAAGUAUCUUGA